AUGUUUCCGCCGUUCCGCACUGCGUCGUUCCGCACUUGCGCUAUGCAGGACGACGACGACGAGUUUGCGGGUGGCCAGGGAUUCGUCCCAGGGCCUGAUGGCCUCCUGCGACCUAUUCAAAGCGCAACUCGACCCCCCGCUCCAAGCGCAACUCGACGCCCUGUCGAUCAAAGGGCAACUUUUGUCCCUGCUGUUCGAAGCCCGACUCCACGACCCGCUCCUCAGGUGCGAGCGCGCCAGCAAGACGAACCUGAAGGCCCUUCGCGACAGGUCUUGGGCCGACGAAGCCGCGACGACGAUGACUCUGCCGCCGAAGGCAAUGAACGCGGUCGUCCACACCCUCGGGUCAUCUCGGCAGCCAUGGUACAGAUGGGGCAGUGGCUGACCGCGGAGCACUUUCCGGAUAUCCCUUGCCCCGACUGCAGCACGCAUCACCGCCCCUGCGUUGCACCCGACGCGGAUUCGCAGGUGGAGAAGUGCCUGGGCUGCUCUGACAAGAGGAGGGCCAAACGAUGCCCGAAGAAGUGGAUCCUAGAGAGGACGAACGUUGCCGAGAUGGUCAGACUGACCGAGGAACACGGCAUGACGAAGGAGGAUGCCCGCAUCCAGGUCUACGGCCCGUUGGGACAGCUUGGUGGCCGAUGGGAUCGAAAGAAGGACUACCCUGCGAUGCCCGCCGCUGCACGAGGCCCGUGCUUGCCCAACAACACUUUCGCGCCUUCGUACACCCUUUUUGGCAGCCCUCCGAUGGCUGGACCCUCGACGGCUGGACCCUCGACGCGAAGCACUCCCGACCUGCUCAACCUCCCCGACCAUCGCACCAUAGAUACGCGACGUGUGCAGGAUGCCUUCCUCAGGGCUGUUGAGGCCUACAGGGCCGAGCAACCGACCACCACUGCUCAGCUCAACCAGAUGCUCGUGGACCUCCUGCUCGAACUCUGGGAAUCGAUGGCACAAUAA